AACAGGUGGUGGAGUCGGUGAAGACGCCAAGCCCAGAAUCCAGAUCCCUCUCGAUUAGGAUUAGGAACCCUGAGGAUUAUUAGGGAAGAUUAGUUAAUUUUUCCCAGCCUAUGCGAGUAAUCAAAUCGGCCUCCAUCCCGUCCACACCACCACCUGCCCUUCAAUCGCGUUCCAGAAUCCGCCGGCUCUCUUCGCCGGAGAUCCCCUCCCCGCCGCCUCGCCAAGGGCCUACGCAACUGACUACGGCGCCUCCUCGUCGCGGGGCGACGGCCGUUUCUGCCGCACGCGUUUCGUGGUCGCUCGCACCUGCAUCUGAAGAACAGCAGAGGCAGCCAUGGCACUGUCACGCAGUAUGAGGGCAUGUUUGCACACCGGAAGACUCGCAGCCGUUGCAUUGUUGGCCUCUGGUGGAAUUAUAUUGCAUCUUUUGGCAUGCAUCUUGUAUAACAACUGGUGGCCAAUGUUAACAGUUCUGAUGUAUCUCAUCCUUACAAUGCCAGUCAUAUUAUUCCUGGGCGCCGAUUCUCCAUCGAUGCUGUCGAAUGAGAGUGAUGGGUGGGUGAGCUUCACGAAGUUCCUGACAGGCGCAUCGGUCGUGGGGAGCAUCGCCAUCCCGUCGAUCCUGAAGCAUGCUGGCAUCAUCGGGUGGGGCGCACUGACAAUGGAGCUGUCCUCUUUUGGGGUCUUCGGACUGGCCAUCCUGUGGUACAUCUACUUGAACAGGGAGGACGAGUACAGCAGCGUCUUCUGAUCUCCAUCGCACCCUCUCCUGAACUAAGACACCACACUUCUGCGUGAUGUUGAUACCCGCAAGAAAGAGAGAUCGUCAACAUGUGAAUAUGUCUACAGUACGUUUUGGAGCAUUGGUGUUUGACCCUGUUUAUAACUUUAUAGUAGCGAAAUGGGCCUGUUCAGCUGCGUGUACAUGUUAUUCUGUUUAGGGUUUUGAUGUUCCAGUGAUGAUAUGCCUUUGCAUCAGUUAGCUGUUUUCUUGAGAUUA